AUGCUGAGGUUACAGAUAAGAAGAGGCGAAUAUACAUGGAGCGACUACAGCAUCGGCUGCUUUAUAUUUCUAGACAAUCGUUUGCUAAAUAUUAUAACAGCAAUUUCCACAGAUAUAAAAAAUAGUGUCAAAUUGCCAACUUCAGGGACUUUGAAUUUGGUAUUCAAAGAUUUGAAAGAAGACAAAGUCUUAGGAAGCGUUAACUUUCCUAUAGAGAUUUUGCCUCUCAAUGAAGCUAUAUGGCUUCCAAUAUCAACAUCCAAUUACGAUAUUCUGACUGAGUUGCCUUGCAAUGUUAGCAACCCAAAAGUAUUAGUAUUUUGUGAAGAGAAAAGUGAAAGAGAAGAAAUAAAUGAGACAAAUGCAAAUGAAAAUAGCUUCAGUAGCUCAUUAUGCUGCAUGGAAGAAGUAAAUUUAAGAUGUGAGGAUAUUUUUUCUGAAAAUCCAACAAAAUAUGAGCAUUUAAUUGAAUACCAACAAUGCAACCAAACUGAUAUAAAUCAAGAUUAUGAAGAAAAUAUUCCAAAGUAUGAACCAAAGCUAAAAUUUGAAGAAAAAAAAAGUUAUGACUUAAAUAAUAAAUUGGAAAAGAUUUCUAAACAAUAUGAAGAAUUGGUAGAAAAAAGUAAACUCAGAGAAGCAUCACUUUUGAAACUGCUUGAGCAAAAAGAGUCAGAAUUGUUGGCUGCUCAUACUGAAAUUACUAAACUUCAAGGAUUUAAUAGGAAGCUUGAGAGUGAGAAUAAUCAUUUAUCAGAUACAAUAUCUAGACUUGAAAUGAAUCCUCAAAGAGAGAAAAUUAAUAUCUUGCAAAAUGAGCUUAUUAUGGCCAAAGAGCAAUUAGUUGACUCAGAAAAACUUAUUAAAAAGUUGAUUAAAGAAAUUGACUGCUUUAAAAUUAAUGAAAAAAAUAAACAAAAGGCAGAUAUUGAGAAUUCAGUAUUGAAGCCUAGUAAUAAGAGCCAAGAAGUCUCAAAUCCUUCAAAAGGAAAUCGGCUUUUGAAAAAUAAUAGUCUUGAAAAAACAGUGAAAGUAAAGAUAAUUGAGAUUCAAAAAGAAAAAGAUGGUAGUCAUAAAGAAGCUGAAAAAAAUGAAGAUGAAAGUUUAGUAUUAGACUCACUUGUAAAAGAAGUCUUAUUGAAAAUCAAUUAUAAGGGUUCAUGCUCAAAAAUCAGUAAUGAUCACUAUUUAUUCAAUGGGCAAAAGAUUAAAGUUUAUAUUAAAGAAGGCCGCUUAUAUGCAAAAGUUGGAGUAGUUUCGAUUCCUUUGGAAGAGCUAUUAAAAACAUCAUCGUCCCGCCAUUCAAUUGUUAAAUUAAAUUGGGACUCUUCUACUCCAAAAAUAUCCAACGCUUUCUUCUCUACUCCAUCGUCCCGCACUCAAAGUCCAAGAGAUGAAUUUAUCAGGCCAGUUGUAUUAAAUGAAAUCAAUGAAAAAGAAAUAAAGAGAAUACGAAGAAUAUCUCCACAAAACUCUUUUUGGAUGCCCACAAUUAGUAGCAGACAUAAAAUAAAAACUCCAGACCAAUCACCUUUUAGAUUAAGAGAGUCUUCAAGAGACUCGACGAGUGUUGAAAGAAAAAGACCAUUUAGACUAUAA